AAAUUACAAGAAUUACAAGCAGCUGGCAAAAAUUUCAAGAAUUACAAAAUUACAACAAUUGCAAAGAUUACAAGAUUAUAACAGUUACAAGAAUAAACAGUUUGAAGAAUUACAAGAUUACAGCAAUUACCAGAUUACAAUGAUUUCAAUAUUACAAGAAAUACAAGAUUACAAGAAUUACAAAAUUACAAGAAUUCCAAGAUUACAAAAAUUACGAGAUUACAACAAUUACAAUAUUACAGCAAUUACAAGAUUACAACAAUUACAAGAUUACAACAAUUACAAGAUUACAAUGAUUACAAUAAUACAAGAAUUACAAGAUUACAGGAAUUACAAGAUUACAAAAAUCACAAGAUUACAAGAAUUAUAA